UCGGUGACGGGGCGGGGGGGGGUCUGUAGCCUGGGAAGUGUCCGAUGGUGAACCAGGACAGGAAACGCCGAUUUCAAGCUGUUCUGUGAAUUCUGUGGCCCUCGAUGGUGUCACCUGAUUCAAGUCCAGCUCGACUUACAUGACAGCUCGCACUUCGCCACGGCUAAACUCGUCUGGUGCGGCUCUCUGCAACUGACGAACAACCUUGCAGUUGUCUACACGGACCGAAAAUGCUGUCCUACAUCAUUGGGCUGAUCCGGGGCGGCUUUGACAGCAUCAUCAACCUCAUCUUCAGGCUUUUCUUCUCGAAGAGGAGACCUGCCAUCACCUUAGAGGACCCCAACAUUAAGUAUGCUCUGCGGCUGCUAGACAAACAGAUCGUCAGCCACGACACGAGGAGGUUUCGCUUUGCCCUGCCUUCCCCCGAACACAUCCUCGGUCUCCCGAUCGGGCAACACAUCUAUUUGUCUGCAAAAGUCGACGGUAAACUGGUCGUCCGUCCGUACACACCGGUGUCCAGUGAUGACGACAAAGGCUUUGUGGACUUGGUGGUGAAGGUUUACUUUAAAGGUGUUCAUCCUAAGUUCCCCGAGGGCGGUAAGUUGAGUCAGUACUUGGAGAGCCUCAAGAUCAACGACACCAUUGACUUUAGGGGACCCAGCGGCCUUCUUGUUUACAAGGGCAAAGGGGUUUUUGCCAUUCAGCCAGAUAAAAAGUCCCCAGCUGUGAGCAAGACGGCCAAACAUGUGGGCAUGAUUGCUGGAGGGACAGGGAUCACUCCCAUGCUGCAGCUCAUCACAGCAGUGAUGAAGGAUCCACAGGACAAGACAGUGUGUCACCUGCUGUUUGCCAACCAGACUGAGAAAGACAUCCUGCUGCGGCCGGAGUUGGAGGAGAUUCAGGUCAACAACCCGGACCGGUUCAAGCUGUGGUUCACCGUCGACAAGGCACCUGACAACUGGGAGUACAGCCAGGGCUUCAUCAGUGAAGACAUGAUCAGGGAUCAGCUGCCUCCUCCCGGCGACGACACCCUCAUCCUCAUGUGUGGACCGCCGCCGAUGAUCCAGUUCGCCUGCAACCCCAACCUGGACAAAGUCGGCCACGCCGAAAGCUGCAGGUUCACCUUCUAGACGGAAUCGAGGUUUGGCAAUUAAGGGCGCUUUAUUAUUGUUAUCUCUACCCCAAAAGCAUUAAAGCACUCAUACAGCUGCAGUGGGUAUUGCACUAUGUAUGUACACUAUGAUUAUGCCAUGAUAGUCAUCAUGCAACAGAAUCACAGCAGAGACCAAUUCAUGUGAGUAGUAAGUGUCACGGAAGGGAAGAUUGUGGGGAAUAUUUGAGCUCGUGGAGGACUGAAGAUGAGUUUGUGGAGUAGGAUCCUUCAGAUGGGUAAAGGAUAAAUAGACAUUUUCAUGUUAUUGACUUGGAAAAAUUUGGACGUGAUUCCAGAUCUGUUGCAAACAAACCCACUGUCCUGCUUCAAUAUCAGAAGAGUUGAGGUUUACUGGCUUUUUUUUUUCUCUCUGAGUGCCUUAACACGUGCAAAGAUUUUUUUUUUUUAUUAAUGCACAGUAACAGAAUUGUGACCACCUGCUUCAUUUAUACGGACUCAGUUAUUCCAUUAUGGCUGUCGAAUGUAUUAGAAAUAUCUGCCGUUUUUUUUAAUCGGUUGUCACGCUGUGUCAAUAUCGUCUCGUCAACGAUGUCAAUAUUUUGCUAAAACAUGUUCACAGUGAUUUGUUGAGCGUGAUGUGGUCGAUACGAUGUCUUUGGAUAUGCAACAUAAAAGUCAACUGCUACUGAA